AUGAAACUCAAACGGGACAAGCCACUUCUGAACGACGACAUGGAUGACGGUGACUUGUUCAACCCCAUAUUGCUCAGGCAUUUCAUAAAUGAGAGAAAAGCAAAACGGGUCAGCACUUGCUCCACUCUGAACAGGAAAAAGAAUGAACACCACCAUAAGUACAACUCCAGUUACUUUGGUGGAGGUACCCACCCCUGCAACGGUGGAGAUGCAUUCGAUGAAUGGGGAGGUGAUACUCACGAAUAUGAUGACGCGGUCUUUCCCAUUGUGCACAAAUUAAAAACAAACGCUAAACAGGGCUGCACACUUAAACGUGAAUGUGAAAAUGGAAAGAAAAAUUGCAGAAAGGAGGACACGCUCUUCUUCCCUGCCCAGUUCGCCCCCACAGACGAUAAGAACUUCCUCCCGCGUAAGGCCGUGAAGAGGGGUGACUUUCAGAAGAGUGUUCACCCCGUGAGAGAUCCUUCUCGGCGCCAAGAAAGGACGCGACGCAAGGUUAAGGAAGCAACAAAGCAAAAUAACCCUUUAUGGGGCGACGACGCUUGCUUGUUAUGCGGGAAAUGCAGGAAAGACAGACGCGAGGAUGGUGCUCUUUGGCCAGAUCAACACAACCAUGGCUGGCACCAAACGAAUGGGUACCACGACGAAUUGUACAUCAGCGAUAUGUAUAGCUGCGAUGGAGACUUCCUCGACGCGGACACAGAAAACGCAGAAGGGGUAAAGGCGCCAAGCAUGGAGGAAUGGGGUGACCCGAGCAAACCACACAAAUCGCGAAAAGUGGGAAAAGGGCGACAAAUGAGUAAAAUUCGUCAAAUGAGUAAGAUAAGAAAAUCGCGUACGCGGGACAAUUGCAAAAAUUGCCUGAUGGGAUGCAGAAGUGGUAGCGUGACGACCACUCAGUCCAGCUCAUCUCACCAUGACCGUUACCAAGAGGAGGAAGAAAAGGGGGGGAAGGCGAAAAAAAAAAAAAAAAAAAAAAAAAAAAAAAGCCACAUGAACAGUAUGGAAGAAGUGCCAAACCAUGUUGCUUCUCUCUUUUUCUAUCUCAGCGACAUGCGAAAAAAUGUUUUAAGCAAAGCUGAUGAUGACGUCCCGGUGAAAAAAUCUUGUAAUCAUUUCUGCAAAGGCGAGAGGACACGGGGUGCGGAAGGCCGAAGAGGAGGCAGCCGCGGCGGCAGGCGCAGCGACAGGCGCAGCGACAGGCGUAGCGGCCAAUUCGACGGUGCAUCAUCCCCCCUCGAUUGCAAAAAUGGUAGCACAGAAAAAAAUGGUGCCGCGAGAGCAAGUGACGAAUUUUCCAGCGAAAAUUGGGCCAAAAAUUGGGGCACAAAUAGCGCCAAAAAUAGCGCCAAAAGUAACGCCAAAAGUAACGCCAAAAAUAGCGCCAAAAAUAGCGCCAAAAGUAACGCCAAAAAUAGCGCCAAAAAUAGCGCCAAAAAUAGCGCCAAAAAAGAAGACGGAGACGCAGACGAAAGCGGAGACGAAAACGAAAAGGAAAAGGAAAAGGAAAAAGAGGACGCAGACGGAGACGAAGGCGAAGACGAAAACCAAGUCGUUGGCGAAUCCCAGCGCCAAAGGCAAAAGCAAGAAAAAAAAAAAAAAAGCAGAAAAAACGGCAACGGAAAGGAGGACACCGUGGAAACGAAUGACCACAGCGGGAACUGCAGUUCGCGCGAGGCAGGCACGAAAAAUUAUACACAGGGCAAAAGAACGGGGACGCUGCAUGAUGAUUCGCGUGCCCCUGUACCCGAGUGGGACUUUGUGAGGAACGGGAGAGGCGACGAAGCUUCUGGCAAAAGCGCAAGGGAAAAACACAGGCGCAGCCAUAGAAGCGGUGAUAGUGGUUGCAAACGUAGCAACCGCGACCGGCGCAGCCGACGCGACGAAGGCCCUCUCUUGGGUGAAACAAUUUUUUUGAGUAACGAAAUUGAGGGAGAAAAGUUCCCCUCCGUUUCACAAAACCAUAACGCACGUGUUGUGGCCAAGUCAAAAAAGGUUACAAUACGAAGUGGUAACCACAUCGAAAGUGAAGUCAGCAGGGCACCCCCAAACGAUCGUGUGGACAGGGACGCCCACUUUACAAAAAAAAUCUCCAGGCAGAGCCAUCCUGCAGGAGAACGCACAAUGAACAAUAAUAGUUACUCCCUCCCCGACGCGGAGGACUUUGAGGAGGAAAGCCACCACCCUCAGAAGGAAUUCGAACAGAGGGGCAAAAAAAAUAAAAAAAAAAAUUCAAAGGAAAAUGAUAUGGACGGAAGUUUACCUGAAAGAGAAUGUGUCGCAGAAGGGGACCAACGGGGCCAUCCCCCGAGUAGCCCCCACGAAAAAGAAGCUGAGAGAAGUACAUCCAAAUAUACACACAUAAUAGCUAGCUCCCCUCAAAAAAAAAAAAAAAACUCAAGUGAGAUUAACGAUGAGGCAAGUGUACAUGAUGAAAAAAAAACGUCUGUCAAGGAUAAUGUGUAUGAAAAUUUCAUAAGGGAAUACCAAAAUUUGCAAUCCUUGUUUUCGUUUAACAAGGACAAGAUGGAGGAUGCAAGGGGGAAGGAUGACGAUGAAGACGAUGAUGAUGAGGAGGAGGAGGAAGAAGAAGAAGAAGAAGAAGAGGAGGAGGGGGAGAAGAAGAAGGAGAACAAGAACAGGGACGGCCCUUUUGGAGGCUCACGCAGUAGAGUAUUAGACAGAGAUGUGAACGAAAAUGUACGUAAAGAUUUCUCGUUAAAGAAUCACCUCAACACCAUGUUAACAACUGAUGGGUACACUAACACCAAGGGACACGUACCCCCCCGUGAUGCAAACGCAGGUGACAAAGGGGUGGAAUCCCUGGAGCAACUCUCAUACAGUUUUAACCAAUAUAAUAAUACCGAAUCUAUGGACAAGGUACAAGUUAGAGACGUCCCCGCGAAAGAUUCUGUUCGAAGUCGUGGCAAAGGGGUAGGUGCAAACGACGAUACGGACAGUACUGGGGUCGUUCCUAUUGGAGAUAAUCAACAAGAGAAAACCCACUCGACUGGAAAAGAAAAGGGAAGCGGGAUAAACGAAGCAGUGACACAUGCACAUGAUGUAGAAAAGAAUAAGAAGGGACAAAAGUCAGUACCAGAUGUGGACGCCUCCGAGGGGGGCGGCGAUGGGAAAAAAAAACACACAGAAGGAAGCAACAAACAUGUAAGACAAGAAUCGAGUGGAGGAAGUGUGCAGAGGAUGAAACAAAUUGGAUAUGCGGAGGGUGCCGCGAAGGAGAAGUCAGAUUUGUUAGUUUGGAAUGACAUGGUGAAGGGUGCCGACUUGAUGACGCGUGGCGACAUGGUGAAGGGUGGAGACUUGGUGAAGGGUGGAGACUUGGUGAAGCGUGGUGACCUGAUGCAGCGUGGCGACUUGCUGGCGCUUGGCGAUUCGUUCGUGAAGCCCACCCUCUUCAGCAACAAAACGGUGCAAAACGAAAAAGACUAUUUUGAAUACGAAGCAAACAACUCGAAGAAAUUGCUUCACAAAAAUAUGAGCAACAUGUAUAGCAUGAACGGAUCCAACUUAACCUUCAACCAAGAUUUUUUUAAAGACAUGUUAUUGUUAAAUGAUGAAAAAAAAAAAGAAAAAAAAAAAAAAAAAUCAACUAGGCAACACAGUACUUUUGAUCAAUUUCAUGAGCUGUCCUAUUUCGCAGAUGUGAAAAAUGCAAAACAUUCAAAGCACCGAAAUAACUCCGCUCACCAGGAGGAUGAACUUACCAAAAGUUAUAGUUUCAAAAGGGACAAGUGGGGGGACAGGAAAAGUAGCAGUGCUGGAAAGAGCAUUACAGGGGCGAGCCAGAGCUUCAAGGAGGAAGAAGAAAAUGAGGAGGAGGAAGAGGGAGAUGAGGAUGAAGACGAUGAUGAAGGGGAGGAAGAGGAGGAGGAGGAAGAAGACGACCAAGUGGGUAGAGGUAGAAAGGGCACAGGGGGGGAAGAUGUGGAUAAAGAAGAAAGUGAUGAGUAUGGCGACUAUGAUGAGGGGGGAGGCGCGGAAGGAGGUGGUGAUAGUUUUGAUCAUGAAGAUCUUCACAAUGGGGACCACAUGGAAAAAACGCAAGGUGCGAGUGGAAGCCACAAAGAGAGAAAGAAGAAAAAAAAACUGCAAGGAGAACUCGCCAAGAAGAGCAAAAGUGGAAAGCUCGAAAAGGUGAAGAUUGUCGAGGAGAAGAAUAAACUCCACAAACGUAGAAGCACGAGGGAUCAUAAGAGGAAUGGAAGUCGAACCCAAAACAAUUCCAUUUGCUCACUGGAGGACGAUGACUUUUGUGAUGAUAAUGCGGGAGAUUUCCCUUACCAUAAUAGGAGAGGUCGCCAUCGCGACGGUGUCAUGGGAGAUGAUCCCCUUGCUGAAAAUAUUUACAUGGACAUGCUUCACGACUUACGAGGGGUCAAUCUCCAUAAGGGGAUCCUGGCUUACCCAGAUGAAGUGCAGAACCAUGAUGAAGGAGUAAACGCAGAAAAGGCAAAAAGGAAACGAAAGACUAGUAGAAGAAAAAAAGAAGAGUUGAGGGAAGAAUACAUGAAGGAGUUCUUUGGUUCAGUCCUGGAUAAUCAAAUGUAUAAAAAAAGUCUUAACGGUAAAGACUUUUCUCACCAUUUUACUCAACAGGGAGAGGAAGACGGGGAGGAGGAAGGACAAGAAGAACGAAAUGAUCGACACCACAGGGACGCAAGAGAAAAACGCAUGCUCAGGAAUAUUUCAAAAGCCAUUCGAGCGGAAAAUAUAAACACCGAAAUUGAACUGCUGAGAAAUGAAAUUCUGCAGAAGAAGACAUCCAAGGAGAGCCUACCCAGUGGAGAAAAGAAAAAAGGAACACACAAAAGUGGCACCCCUGUUGAUAUCACACAUAGGAAGAAAAAGUCCCACGAUAAGGAGGAGGAGAAAAGAACGAGCUUCAAAAGGGGCUCCAGGGGGGACUCCACAGUCGACUACAAGGGGGAUUACAAAGCGGACGCCAAGACGGGAAGGCAUGCAAGCCAUCAAAACACCUUCCAUUCCACACACGCCAAGGACGAAGAGGAUUACUACACCUUCCACCAUGAAAAGAAAAAAAGAGAAUCUCACGUAAAAGUGAAAGAUGUAAAUUUUGAAGAGGAUGAAAGAUUUAAAAAGUGUAAAAGCAGAAGUAGAGUAGGGGCGAGAGACAGAGUCCACUCCUUUUAUGAUGAAGCAAGUGGCGUACCUCCAGCACACAGAAAUAAUAGCAGCAGUGGAGGAUUAGCAGUAGGAGGAUUGCACCUGAACAAAAGUCUCGAAUUUUUUUCGAACAAUUUCCUAAGUUUAAAAAGAUUAAUUGAAAGAAAAAACGCCGACACAAAUUACGACCCAAAGAGGGAAGACGAUUAUGUAGAGAAGGCAGAGGAAGAAGCAGAAUUUGAUUCAAAAAAAAAAAAAAAAAAUUCCUAUGAUGAGUAUGAACAUUCACACAUGACGAACAACAAAACGGCUAGCCACAAAACUAGCCGAGGACUCAGAUUUGAUAAUUUUUUUGGUCUAAAUAAACGAAACAGUGACUCUUUAAAUUUUUACCCCAGCUCCAUUAAGGAGGAUGGCAAAAGUGGAAAGGGCGACCACCGAAAGAAAGGGGCACGCGGAAGGAAGGAUAGUGGAGAGCGAUUCGAUUCUGGGUUCGGCGCGUGGUUUGGCACAGGCUUUGGCGCUGGCUUUGGCUCCGACUCGGGCGGGGAAAACAGAAGAGCGGCCCGGCGAGCGCGCAGGGGUGAUGGCGCUGGAGAUGGUGCCGCAGAUGAUGCGGAGGAGGCAGAUAGUGUGGGGAAUGCAAGUGGUGCAGAUGAUAUGCAGGAUGGAAAAGGUGCCGUGGAUGGAGAGCGUGGCCACUACACAGAUGAUCCAGCUGAGGGGGCUAGAAGACGUAGGGGGGAAGAGAAGACCCUUUCUGCGGGAAGAGCGUCGGAUGUGGUGACAGACCGUGCAGGUGGUCGUUCGAGUAAGGAUGCUCCACGCGACAAGGCCAAAAAGGACGCAACACAGGGACAAAGCGGUGAAGGUCACCAAACUGAGGAACAGGUGCAGAAUGAGGAACAAAUGCAGAGUGCUGAACACCAGCUGUGGGGUCCGGGAAAGAGUUACAAAAACGUAAAGAAUAUCUUGCUCUCUCUAGAGUUAAGCAACGAAGACAAAAUAUAUAAAGUCAGGAAAAUUUUGUAUUAUUCCUCAAGUGAUGAAAAAAAACUCAUGAUCAAUGAAAUUUUAAAUACACUUUAUGUGUACCCCCAGUUAUACGUCGCUUGUAUUAUCUGCUUAUUUUAUUUGUUCAUCCUAGACAACGAACUGUUCGAAAGAAAUUUCAAUUCAGAGGACUUGGUUUAUUUGUUUAAUGAUAAAGUUGACUUUAGGUAUGCGGAGUGGUUUUUGAAGACAUACAUUUUUUACAAGUUCAAAUUUUCCAGUGGUACCCACUCCAGUGAGUACUACAAGAAUUGUGUUAAAAGUGCUGUUGGGAGUGACGGCAAGAGGGGAAGUAUUGACGUUGAGGAGGGCGAGUGUAGUGUGGAAGCGGCCCGUGCAUCCAAAGGGGAAACAGCCCAUGGUGAUGAAACGGCGGCGGAAGUGGCAGACAAAGCUGCUACGGAUAAGGCUAGUGAUAGGGCUAGCGAUCGGGUCAGCGAUCGCGUUAGUGAUAAAGUGAACGGCAGCGUGCGCGAGGGAAAUAUAAAGGACAAAAUGUUUGAUGUAUUUUUCGAGGGGUACCAUUCCAGUGUGGACUCCAGCGACAAUUGCUUUUGUGAAAGGAAGAGACACAUGGUCAGGGCAGAAAAGGGGGACGCAAACGACCUGUGGAAAAGCAUAGAUAAGCUCAAGUGUGUUGGAUACAAAGAGUGUAAAACGUUACUAAAGUUAUGUUUAAAAAAUGAAAAACAAAAAAAUAUUAAUCAUUUAAAAGCAAGUAAAAUACGCAGCUUAGUUAUUUCCAUCUGGUCCAAUAUCUACACCUCUCGCCCGAAGAAAUCUUUUCUUAAAAUAAUUUUUAAUUGGCUCAAUAGCAGGACAGACGAUUUAAAUAAAAAAAAAAAUUUACUUUACUUAUUACAAGCAGAGAAAAAGAAAAAUGUGCAUUUGCAAAAAAUUUGUUUCACAUACUUUUUGAAGCAUAUAAUUAAAUAUAAAGAAGAAUGUUCAAAUGAUUUGAUUUACUCAUUGUACUUGAUUGAAGAAAAUGAAUUAAAAAAAUAUUCAAGGGAAUUUGUAGAAAUGAACAAAAUCGAUGUUAAUCAAUUUAUCUCCAUCUGGAAUGUCAUGUGUAUCCUUUUUUGGGACACGAAAAAGAUUAAUGACUUUGCCUUUUUGCAUAAGAGCAAAUUUUACUACUAUGAUUUUAUGCUCAUUUUUUUUAGGGCUUUUUAUGAAUAUGCGUGUGUCAAUAAGGGGAUGGAACGUGGUGCACUUUACUUGAAGAAGACCGUACCAGCGGAGGGUGUAGCAGCGACACCGGGAGCGGAAACAACGGAUGCCGCUCCUCCACCAAGGAGUACAUCCCUGUCCAAUUGCUCCUCCAACAAGGACGACACGCAGGAGGAUGAGGGAGACGGGUACCUCAACCUGUUCGACCUGGAAAACAUAAUUAACAAUUUCAACUUCGAUGAUUUUGUUAGCAACGAGAUGCGCAGCAACAGCUACUUUGACGCCUUUUUGGGGGGUGGCCCUUCGGCCAGACGACCAGGUACAGGAGAGGCUAAUAUAGCGGCGAGACCAAAGCUCAACUGUAGCGUAGUUGGAAGCCUCCCGCUGAGCACACUACAAAGUAUGGGCACGAAUGAAGUUUGCCCAACGGAACCCUUCCUCCAAACGGAUAAGCCAGUUGAAGCCGCCAGUCAGGGAGGAAGCCCACAGCCGCCCACCUUCGCGCCAAACACCCAGAGAAACGCAUACCCAAAUGAUAACAGCGAAAUGGAAAAUAUACUCCUCUUAGGAAUAUGCAUCAAAAUUGUUAUAUGUAGAAUAUCUAACCUACUGAAUGCUAAAUCAUGUUUGGAACAAUUUAAUUAUUUUUUAAAUAAUCACAAGCUAGGGUUCAGGACUUUUAAAAAUGCUAAUAUGGUGUUGGUGUAUUUCAUCCCCUUUUUUAAGAGGUACUUUUUUCUGUGGAAAUUUAUUGAGCAUGAAAUUGACGUAGAGAUUAUGACCCUCCUUCAGAAUAUACUUAAUGACUUGGAACAAAUUCAGGCUUCUUCCCCCAUGGGCAGAGCAUUUCUUCCUGGUGUCACCACUACGCAUCAGCUAUGGGGGAUGAGCAAUCCUCCACGUGUGGGUGAUAUGACACACGGAAGGAACCUCCAUGAUCGAUGCCCCCAAGAGAGCCUCCCUGAACGCUUCCAGCCCCCCUUUGGAGACAGACCCUACAUGAGGAGCAGUACAUGCAACUCACAAAACAGGGGAGUGAUACCACCUGGAACGGAUAAGAAGAUAAACAGCUUGGAACAUUUUUACGCGAAUGGCAAGUUUAAUUUAUAUUCAGAUAGGAAGCAGACGAUGGGGAGAAGUGGGUUCAAUGGAGACAGGACACAGGAGGAUGACGCUUUUUUUGCGAGUGGAGGAAGAGGAAGAGGUGAUAGGAUCCUCCAGAGCAAUGGCCACCACCACACUUAUAAUGACAACCACCAUAUGGGUAACACGGCCUUAAUGAGCGUGACACCGAUCAAGGCAACUCUCUGCAGGAGUGAGGACGACACUGAUGAAAACUGCAUUACAUACGAUGACAUGUUUAAAAAUUACGACAGCGAAAAUAACUCAGAGGGAAGAGCCUCGUUGGAUGAAAAUUGUAAUGUGAAGGAGUACAUAACAAGUUUGCACUUCAACAACCCACUUGAGGAGAAGAUCCUUUCAAGGAAGAAGGGUUCCACGUCGCUAGGUGGACAGGAGGAGGAUGCUACCCACGGUGACAACAUGGAGGAAGAAAAUUCUCAGAGUAAGGAAGCAGGUGGAACUGUAGGAGAGACCAGUGGAUCGACAUGCCCACAAGAUUCGAAAGAAGAACUAUUUGGGUCGAACCCUAUGCGGGUUGGAAAUUUCCCCAUGGACUCUUCCAUCUCGAGGCAAAAUUCGUCUAGCCAAAAUUAUCACAUGAAUAAGGAGCAUAAAAAUGGAGGGAUGAAGGACUUGCUGCAUGGGAAGAAGAGUAGUGAGGGGGGAAAUGUUACUGCUAUGAUGAUGCAGUCUGACCCCUUUGCAAGUGAGAACAAUGUGAUGAAGAAAUUUCCAUCACUCGGGGUGUUGGAGUCUGAAGAUGAAAAGGCAGAGAAGGGACUACACGUGAGCAAUGAAAAUAGGAAGAGGGAAAGGAAAAAAGAGUCGAUGAAAAACAACGCUACUGCAACACGCGAUGUAAAUGAUCCCAAUGGCGUCGCCAAUCAAACGGAACAGAUUGGCACUCACUCGAUGAACGGACCCAUAAAUGAAUUCCCGUAUGAGAACCCGAUGCAAAACAACAUGCCCCCGUCAGCUAGUACUAGCACACUGAGUAGAAAUAUUUGUAUCAAAAAUAAUCCCCUUAAUGAAAAUUAUCAGGAGGUCGAUUUCACAACCAGCAGUCUAAGAAGGAAAAUCAAAUCGAAAAGGGGACAAGGAGAAGGAGGAGGUGGAGGUGCCCCAAAAUAUCUGAUGCUAAAAGUAGAUACUUGUGAAUUGAACAAAAUGACACAGAGUAAAUUGAAAUUUCCACCUGUUGGGUUGGUGAACUUAGGAAACACAUGCUACUUGAAUAGCCUCCUGCAAGCCUUAUACAGCACUGUCUCGUUCGUGGUGAAUUUAUAUCUUUUUAAUAUUCGAGGGGAUUCCAAGGAGGGAGGAAUGGAACACAAUUCGAAUCCAUUUGCAGAGAAGGAGAUGUCUACUGCUGUUCUUAACGGAACGAAUGCCCAAAAGGGAGCAAUGCAAAACGGACUUAGCACCAUGGAUGGAGUAAAUAACGUAAACAAUUCAGUGGGGAAAAUGAAUACGCUUACCAGACUUAACACUCUCUACGGAACAACUCCCAUGAAUCAUGUAUUCUUAGCAGAGUCGGAGAAAUUUCUACAAGAGUUAAAAAAUUUUUACAUCAUCAUGACGACCACGCAGAAGACUUGUGUUUCGCCUGAUUCCAUAUUGGGUCUCCUCCCACAUGAACUGAACAAUCGCCAUCAACAAGACGUUACUGAAUUGUUGAGAUAUAUAUUCGACCGACUGGGAGGAUCGAGUAAAGAAUUUCUCCGACUUAUAUUUUCAGGUGUGCUUGUGCAAAAGGUGCAAUGUCAGAAAUGUUUUUUUGUUUCGAAAAAGGAGGAAGUCAUUCACGAUUUGUCAUUUCCUGUUCCUGUGAAAGCAUCGGAGAAAUUAUCAAUUCAGAAGUUUUUCGACACCUUUGUGAAGAAGGAGAAAAUUCAUGGGUCCAACAAGUACCGGUGCUCCAAGUGCAACAAGAGGCGGAACGCCCUCAAGUGGAACGAAAUCAUUUCUCCGCCCUGCCACCUCAUCUUGAUCCUCAAUAGGUACAACUGGUCCUUCAGCUCCAACGAAAAGAAAAAGGUAAAGACGCACGUGAAGGUCAACUCCAAAAUAGUGGUAAACAACUUUGAUUACAAAUUGUAUGGAAGCAUCAUCCACGGAGGUUCGUCUGCCUCCUCGGGCCAUUACUACUUCAUUGGGAAAAAGUCUGAGCGGGAUCCGGAGGACAAUAAGAAUGACUGGUAUCAGAUAAACGAUUCGGUAAUUACAAAGACGAGCUCCAAAUCUAUAAACAAAAUUUCCAAGGACCCUUCCAAUGACCAUACGCCUUAUGUUUUGUUUUACCGUUGCAAGCAGGCACCACCCUCCCCUGCGCUUCACUUCUAG